CAGCAGGUAUUCUAUAUGCAAACUCCUCGUAGUGAGCAAUUCAGCAGCGCCUUGUCUUUCUGUGUCUUGUCAAAUUUAGACUAUAGAAACACCAUCAUAGCUUUUCACACUCACUGUGUUCACAAGCUCUCAGCACAGUGCAUAGAAAUGGACAGCUCUGCUCAAGGAGGUAAAGCAUAUGGUAUCCUCAAGUCUCAACAGGAAGAAAGACUGAACGCCAUCAAUGAGGCAUUUAUCUCAGAUCCCAAGUAUGUUGAUGAGGAGGACCUUGGCUCAAAGCUUGAAAUGUUUAAAAAGAAGUACAUGGAGUUUGAUCUUAACGACAAAGGAGACAUAGAUUUUAUGGGGUUGAAACGAAUGCUGGAAAAACUCGGAUUGGCCAAGACUCACUUAGAGCUGAAAAAGAUGAUGUCAGAGGUUGUUGGAGGGACAUCAAAAGAAACCAUCAGUUACAGCGACUUCCUGAAUAUGAUGCUGGGAAAAAGGAAUGCAAUUCUAAAACUGAUCUUGAUGUUUGAAGGCAUGGGAAAGGAACAGGAGCCCAAAGAUACUGCACCACCUUCUCGCAAAACCUUUUCAGACCUGCCCUGAAGGAGCGAGCCCAUCCCACGAAUGGACUGUUUUCAGAUUGAAACAUCAACUAAAUGCUUUGAAAUUCAUGUCAAUAGGAAAAACAUAAACAUAAUGUGAAAUAUGCAGCUUUUUUUAAGUAUUUGAAUUGACUUAAAAAAAGAAGUUUUGUAUGAAUCCAACCACAGUACAGAUUUCUCACUUUAUAGCCAACUUAAUGUUUUAUAAGUGCUGUAGUACCAUAGUCAGUUGAAUAUACAUGUAUUGCUUUAGUUGCUUGCUUAAACACAUCACAUAUUCUACUGAUGUAUGGACUCUACGUGUGAGUGGCUAUUAUCACAUCAGACGAAAUACCCUACUGUUGUUGUAAAAAUAUAGGAACAUCAUUGUGCAUGAUACAAGGUGUAGCCCAUCUUUUUGAAACAUGUAGGCCUAAUGUUUAAACAUAUUUAUUAAAACAAAUGCUCCACAACAAGACAGUCAUAAAUCCUCUUUUUGUUGGACAUUCAUUUAAAAUGUAAAUGGAAAGCAAAAUGUAUUUUGUUCCUUCCUUUUUUUUUUUUUUUUUUAAUUAAAAUGUGUUUUAAUAAAUCAACA